AUGGAUAGUCGACUUAGUAAUGUAACCAUCAAAGUUGAUUGUGUUACAUUGGAAGGAAUUCUAUGCAUUCCUCUAAAUCCAAUUGGAAUUAUUGUUUUUUCGCAUGGUACAGGCUCCAGUAGAAUUAGUCCUAGUAAUUUAUAUGUCUCAAAGGUUUUAAACUCUGCCGGUUUCGCUACUCUACUGUUUGAUUUACUUACACCCCAAGAAGAAAGACUCGAUAGUAUUACAGGUGAAUUUAGAUCGAAUUUAAAUUUUCUUUCGAAUCGAAUAAUCUCCACCACCAAUUGGAUAAAAGAAAAUCCAUUAUUAACUGGAUUACCAAUAGGAUAUUAUGGAGCUAGUGCUGGAGGAGGAGCAGCUAUUUUAUCAUCACAUUCAUCGAAUAACUUAAUUUUUGGAGUUGUCUCCAGAGGUGGAAGACCCGAUCUGGUGGGAGGUCUGUUGAAAUCGAUUACUACACCCACACUUUUGAUUGUGGGUGGCGAUGACUGCGAUACAUAUUCACUCAAUAAAUCGGCAAUACAACAAAUGAAUCAGUGUCAAGACAAAGAACUGAUAGUUAUACCAAAUGCAUCUCAUCUCUUCCCGGAACCAGGAUGUCUCGAACAAGUUGCAGAGUUCUCGAAACAGUUUCUGAAAAACCAAUUGGAUAAUUUCAUAAAACAACAUUCACCCACUUGUGGCAGUAGCAAUGGCAGCGGCAGUAGCAUCAACAACACAUUCAAUAAUAAUAGUAAUAGCUUUCUCUUAGGAAAAUCCAUUUUAGUUUCAAACUCGACAACGGUACAAUUAGAAUUUGGCAUUGAUUAA